UAGAAGUAGUAGCAGCAAACAAAGAACGCGUUUUUGUUUUCAAAGUUACUGUAUUUUUUGAAACAAGAAAAACGCUUUGCUUGUUUUCCUGCAAUAACUCUCUUUCUUUCCUCUCCAAAGGGAGUGGAAUUAGACUUUUUUUGACAAGUUCCGCAAUAUGGGUUUUCCUUUUGACUGUUGUUUUCAUUUGAAAUGCAGCAUGUUUGUUGAAUCUCUGAUCUUACUUGUGUUGUGUAUCUUCUCUUCGGUUUCCGGAGAAGUUUUUUCUGAGAAAAAAGUUUUGUUGGAAUUCAAGAGCUUGGUUUCUGAUCCUUCAGGGCUUCUAUCCACCUGGGACCCCAACACAACAAACCAUUGUUCAUGGUAUGGCGUCUCUUGUGACUCUGAAUCUAGGGUCAUCUCUGUGAAUAUCACUGGUGGUGAUGUGUUUAAAGGUAAUUCUCAAGCUAUCUCUUCUUGUUCCAAGUUAUCUGAUUUUCCAUUUUAUGGUUUUGGGGUUAGAGGAACAUGUUUGCAUGGUAAGGGUAAGUUAGUUGGUAAGCUAUCUCCAUUGAUCGGGAAACUUGGUGAACUUAGGGUUUUGUCACUAGCUUUUAAUGGUUUUAGUGGUGAAAUUCCGGUGGAGAUAUGGGGUUUGGAGAAAUUAGAAGUGCUUGAUCUUGAAGGGAAUUUAUUUGAUGGAAGAUUGCCAAAUGAGUUUGUAGGGUUGAGAAAUUUGCGGAUUUUGAAUCUUGGGUUUAAUAGGAUUUAUGGGGAGAUUCCAGUUUCUUUUAACAAGUGUGAGGGUUUAGAGAUUUUGAAUUUAGCUGGUAAUAAAGUGAAGGGAUCGAUUCCUGCAUCUUUAGGUAGUUUUUUGAAGUUAAGGGGGCUUUAUUUGUCAUAUAAUGAGCUAAAUGGUUCGAUUCCAAGUGAAUUUGGAAGUAAUUGCCAGUAUCUAGAGCAUCUUGAUCUGUCUGGGAAUUUCCUAGUUGGUAGAAUCCCGGGUAGUUUGGGGAAUUGUCGGCAGUUGAGGAUACUUUUGUUGUUUUCGAAUAUGUUAAAUGACGUCAUUCCUCACGAGCUGGGCUGGCUAAGUAAGCUUGAGGUUCUAGAUGUUUCAAGAAAUAGACUUAAUGGCUUGAUCCCCGCUGAGCUCGGGGACUGUGCUGAAUUGUCGGUUCUUGUCCUUUCGAAUCUCUUUGAUCCUGUAAUGAAUGCUGGGGAAACAAGUGGAAAGUUGCCAGUUGGACUGUCGAGUGUUUCUAGUGUUGAUAAUAAUUCUUUCCAUGGCUCUAUUCCAAUAAAAAUUACAAGCCUUUCUAAGCUUAAGAUACUCUGGGCGCCAAAGGCGAAUCUUGAGGGUAAACUUCCAAGCAGUUGGGGUGCUUGUGACAGCUUGGAAAUGGUGAACUUAGCUCAGAACCUUUUAAAUGGAGAAGUAAUUGGAGUCUUUGAUAGAUGCAAGAAGCUAUAUCAUGUUGACUUGAGCUCAAACAAGCUAACUGGGGAGCUCGAUGUGAAUCUUCCAGUUCCCUGUAUGACUGUCUUUGAUGUUAGCGGGAAUCAGAUAUCAGGAUCUAUCCCAAGAUUUCAUAACAAUGUUUGCCCUCAAUUGCCCUCACAGAGCUUGUAUGUUCUGCAACUCUUCAACCCAUCAUAUGUAUAUGUGUCUUAUUUUACAUAUAGAACUCGCCUUGCAAAACCUUUUCUGAUGUCUGCUGCUUCUUUGGUGAUGAUUCACAACUUCGGUGAUAACAACUUCACUGGUUCAAUCCGUUGGCUUCCAGUUGCUCCAGAGAGAUUGGGAAAGCAGACUGAUUAUGCAUUUCUCGCUGGAGGAAACAAACUCACUGGAUCAUUUCCUGGAAGUUUAUUUGGGAAGUGUAAUAAAUUGCAUGGAAUGAUUGCUAAUGUCAGCAACAACAACAUAUUUGGUCAGAUACCUUUGAAUAUUGGUGCAAUGUGCAAAUCUCUGAGAUUUUUGGAUGUCUCCCAGAAUCAAAUUUCAGGGAUAGUGCCUCAAAGUCUAGGGAAUUUGAGAUCUCUUGUGCUUCUCGACUUGAGUGAGAACAAACUUCAAGGUCAGGUUCCAGCCAGUCUCCAUCGGUUGAAAUAUCUUAAACAUCUUUCCUUGGCUGGUAACAACCUCACUGGUGGCAUUCCAUCAAGCAUUGGGCGUUUAAGAUCACUUGAACUGUUGAAACUUUCUUCAAAUUCUCUCUCAGGUGAGAUUCCUAAAGGUCUUGUAAACUUGAGAAACCUAACUGCUCUCCUGCUCAACAAUAAUAAACUCUCAGGUCAGAUCCCCUCUGGUUUGGCUCAUGUGAUGUCACUGUUAACAUUUAAUGCAUCCUUCAAUAAUCUGUCUGGUUCAGUUCCCUUGAAUAGUAAAGUGAUGAAUUGCAGCGGUGUUCGUGGAAACCCUUAUCUUAAUUCCUGCCAUGUAUUUUCCCUUGCUGUACCCUCUUUGGAAUUAUCUACCGACAACUAUGGGGAUUCAGAAAUUAAGUUAUCUCCACCAACAGGACAUAAAACUGAUGAUAAUGAUAUUAAUUCAAUUGAGAUUGCAUCCAUAGUGUCUGCAUCAGCAGUUGUUUUAGUUCUUCUAAUUCUAGUUACUCUCUUCUUUUACACAAGGAAGUGGGUCCCAGAUUCCAGAGUUCAGGUCUCCGAGUCUAAGAAAAUCACACUCUUCAUUGACAUUGGGGUUCCAUUAACUUAUGAAAACAUUGUUCGAGCAACAGGGAAUUUCAACUCCAGUAACUGCAUUGGAUGUGGAGGCUUUGGUGCCACUUACAAGGCCGAAAUCUCUCCAGGAAUCCUAGUGGCUGUGAAGAAGCUUGCUAUUGGAAGGUUUCAUUGUAUUCAACAGUUCCAUGCCGAGAUAAAAACCCUUGGAAGUGUGAGGCACCGGAAUCUCGUGACUUUAAUAGGGUACCAUGCAAGCGAAGAUGACAUGUUCCUGAUAUAUAAUUAUUUGCCAGGAGGUAAUUUGGAAGAAUUUAUCCAGAAAAGAUCUGCUAGAGCUGUUGAUUGGAGGAUUCUUCACAAGAUUGCUCUGGGCAUAGCAUCUGCGCUUGCAUAUCUGCAUGACCAAUGUGUUCCACGGGUUCUACACCGUGAUGUCAAGCCAAGUAAUAUAUUGCUGGAUGAUAACUUCAACGCAUAUCUGUCUGACUUUGGAUUAUCUAGACUUUUGGGAACUUCUGAAACUCAUGCAACAACUGGUGUAGCUGGAACAUUUGGGUAUGUAGCACCAGAGUAUGCAAUGACCUGCCGUGUGUCUGAGAAGGCCGAUGUUUACAGCUAUGGUGUGGUGCUGCUGGAGUUGAUAUCAGACAAGAAAGCCUUGGAUCCUUCAUUUUCUUCACAUGGAAAUGGAUUCAACAUCAUUUCUUGGGCCUCAAUGCUUUUACGACAAGGUCAGGCAAAGGAUGUCUUCACUGCAAGGCUAUGGGAGACAGGUCCCCAGGAUGACCUGGUAAGUAUGCUUCAUUUGGCACUCAAGUGUACCAUUGAAACUCUCUCGACCAGGCCUACCAUGAAGCAUGUUGUCCAAUGCUUGAAGCAAAUUCGACCUUCCUGUUAGAAGGGUGAUGACUGAUGACUGACUAGGCACAUCUGCAUUUGUACAUCUGAGCAUAGAAGGUACAUAGGUAUAGUAUAAUGUCAGUAUAUCUGCACCCAGUCACUUGACAGGGGAUCCCCCAGCUUUAGUUUUGAGCUUUAUGUUUCCAAUGUAUAUUUUCACAGUCAUAUUUCCUCCUGCGGAUAACAGAAAGCAAAUAUUGGGGUUUUGAGUUGAAAGUCUUUGAUAUUUGCUUUUUAUGCA